UUAGAUACUACGUUACAGAAAGUAACGAAUCUGACUACUUAGGAAGGUAGAGCCGUUAGGUUAUACACCACUUCUAUAUAAAGUAGUCCUUUGCAUGCAAAGACUCCGCACAACAAAAACUAGCUCUUAAACGUUUCUCUCCCCUACAAACUUGCUUUCUUAGCAUGACCAUAUUUUCAUUUUUCGCAACCUUGAUUUUUUCUUUGUUCCUUCUUGUCUCUCCAGGGGUGCAUGGCUUGACCGAAUCUGAAAUAAGAUCAUGGUGCAGCCAAACACCUCAUCCGGACUCAUGCGAGUACCUCUUCGCGGGUAAACCGAAUUUAGGUCCGAUAAAGCAAAAACCUGAUUUCAUCAACGCGAUAUUGAAACUUACCUUAGAGAAAGCGUCAAAUGCCGAGGUGAAUACUCGAUCGCUUGGAGGGAAAUGUCGCAACAAGCAUGAAAAGGUUGCAUGGCAAGAUUGCCUAGAGCUUUACGAAACCACUGUUCAUAGGAUCAACAUGACUAUUGAUCCUCAAAGGAAGUGUAGUCAGGUUGAAAGGCAGACCUGGCUUAGCACAGCUCUUACGAAUCUCGAGACGUGUAAGACAGGAUUCGAGGAGGUGGGUAGCGGUGAAUACUUGUUACCAUUAAUGAACAAUAAUUUAUCCGCCUUAAUUAGCAAUACAUUGGCAAUGAACAAAGGAGGAUCUACAGAGAACUACGAGCCUAGAUAUCGGAAAGGUUUCCCUACUUGGGUAAAGCCCGGUGUUCGGAGGCUAUUACAAUCAUCAAACGCCGCUCCAAACGCUAACAUUGUGGUGGCUCAAGACGGUUCUAGUGGUUAUAAGACCAUCGGAGCUGCUAUAGCGGCUGCAAAGUCGGGGUAUGUUAUAUAUGUUAAACAAGGCACUUACAAUGAAAUAGUUCAGAUCGGAUCCAAAUUGAACAACAUAAUGCUAGUAGGAGAUGGUAUUGGAAAAACUAUCAUAACCGGUAGUAAAAGUGCUGGAGGAGGUGCUACCUCUUUUAGUUCAGCGACCUUCGCAAUUGUAGGAGAUGGAUUUAUCGGUCGUGGUAUCACUAUUAGAAACACAGCAGGGCCACAAAACCAUCAAGCGGUUGCCCUUCGUAGUGCUUCGGAUCUAUCGGUGUUCUAUCAAUGCAGCUUCGAAGGCUACCAAGAUACUCUCUACGUUCUCUCCAACAGACAGUUUUAUAAAGAAUGUAACGUAUAUGGCACUGUUGAUUUUAUUUUUGGCAACGCUGCUGUGGUAUUACAAAACUGCAACAUAUAUGCUCGUAAUCCUCCGAACAAGAUAAACACUUUGACAGCACAAGGUCGGACUGAUCCGAAUCAAAACACUGGAAUUUCGAUUCAUGAUUCUCGUGUCGCGGCUGCUUCAAGUUUAAGUGGGGUUAAAACUUAUCUUGGUAGACCGUGGAAGGAAUAUUCGAGGACUGUUUAUCUCAAAACGUACCUUGAUAGUAUAGUGAACCCUGCGGGUUGGUAUCCUUGGAGUGGUAAUUUCGCGCUUAAUACGUUGUAUUAUGGAGAGUAUAUGAACACGGGCCCUGGUUCAUCGACUGCUAAUAGGGUAAACUGGAAAGGCUACCAUGUUAUCACUAGCGCCACCGAGGCGUCAAAGUUUGACGUCCAGAGUUUCAUCAGCGGUGGAUCUUGGUUGCCGCCUACAGGCGUUCCCUUCACUUCUGGGCUUUAAGCAAAUUAUUGAUCUAUUUUGAAUUGAUUACUACUUAAUAAUAGUCAAAGAGGACCCAGAGGAAAAUUUCUGGUGUGUACUUCUAGUAUUUGCCAAUGACAGUGGUAAAUAUAAGUAAAAAAUAGUUUUAUUUUUUUAAAUAAAGGUCAAGUGUAGGCCCAACAGACUGGGGUCACCGCCCCUUCUAAAUUUGUAUGUAGGGUGCUAUGCCAUUGUAUUUUUUUUUCUUUCUGAAUUACAUAUAAUUUUUAUAUGAUAUUAAUAAUGAUUUGAUAUAGUA